UAGCGAGGGAUCUUGUGCGAGAGAUGGAAGGUGAGAACAGAGUGAGUGAAGCUAUUUCGCGAUGUCGAACGUUCAAAAGAAAGAUCGGUCCAUUUCAAAUCAACUUAAAUCCAGUGGUGUCGAUUAUUUCUGCUGUCAUAAUUUGGGGUCUAAUGAUCUGGUCGAUUGUUGAUACAGAACGUGCUUCGCGUGAAAUGGGGAAAGGGAAAGCUUGGAUCUCUGAAACGUUCACUUGGUUCUAUAUCAUCACACAGGAUGCGUGGUUCCUUUUCUUGAUAAUUGUGUAUUUCUCAAAAUAUGGCAACAUGAAGCUCGGCAGAGACGACGAAGAACCAGAAUUCAGCGACGUAUCGUACUUUACCAUGUUGUUCUCGGCUGGUAUUGGAAUUGGAUUGUUCUAUUAUGGUGUCGCUGAACCACUUUUUCAUUAUCAUCCUGAGGAGGAUUACGGAAACAGAUUCUGGAACAGUCAAGGUUGAAGAGCUUAGCAAGACGAAUG